AUGCGAUGGGAAGAUCUCGCCUACAAUUCACAGCCAACAGAUGAACGAGAUCUCACCUACCAGCCACAAGCACCAGACGAAUCGGAUAAUAUCACAAGGAAACAAGUCGAGCUGGAUGAUGAUCCGACGGAAGACAUGCUUGGUUGUUUGAAUUCGAUGAUCAACUGGAUACGGAGUGCGUUGGGCAGAACGCAUCCACGGAGAAAAGCGAACUUACCUAUGACUGCAUCUGAAGCUGAAUCUGAAGCUGGAUCUGGAACUGGAGCUGGGGUUAGUACUGGGGUUAGUAUGGGAAACGAGGACUGGCACAAGGGAGGCCGGGUCCUGGUGCACUGUGAGAAAGGAAUCUCGAGGUCUGGCGCUGUUGUUGUUGCCUUUAUAAUGCAAGCCCUACUCGUUCCCUACCAAAGGGCCCUGAGCCUGGCUCAAGCCUCGCGUCCUCAGAUCUUCCCCAACAUCGGCUUCGAAUGGCAACUCCGACUAUGGGAGGGCUGCGCCUAUGACGUGUUUAUUCGGACCACAGUCGAUGGCCAAGUUAUCAUAACUCGCAAGCCUAGCUACGAGCAGUUGGUGGACACACUCGAGAGGAUCCACGACCGACAAGACGCAGUGGACAUUCUGAGGGCAAAGGAAGACUACUUGCGGAAUCUGGCGCAGAUGCUGAGCGUCUUGAGAUGA